AUGGCUAUUAUUCGAGUUAUCAAGCUAGGAGUUAUUCGAUUGCUAUUGAUUGCAUAUGCGUGUUCACUUGAUCGUCGACAUUCGAGCUGUUCGAUUGUAGUUUUUUAUUUAAUGUACCGAGUUAUUCGAUCAGCAUUCAUUUUAUUUAGUGCGUCUGAAAGUCGAUUUACUCGAUUUAGCCAUCUGUUGUUCGAGUUGGUUUGGCGAUCUUCGCUUUUAUUUGAUUUUCUUAUUAGCCAGCUUUAUUCGUUUGAUCGAUCUGCUCGAUUUUGGAUUCCAAUGAUCUGCCCCAUUUAUUCGAUUUUUUCAUUAAAUCCAUCUGCUCCCACUUUUAUCGAUUCCGUUCUUGGUUCACUUAUGUUAGUCAUCUUUUAUUCGAAUUUCUUCUCUUGGGUCAAUCACCCAUUAUAUUCGUUUCAUAUUGUUCACCUCCAAUUCGGUCCUCGAUUCAUCUGUAUGCCAAUUUGUUCUAACGCAAUCGUUUGUUCAGUUACAUAA